CAGAGCAGGAGUAGUGACGUCAACGCCGAAAAGACUUCGGUGACCUGACUUUAGUGACUUCCAGAGUUGACCCAGGUCAAGCAAGGUCCGCCGGAGCUGAUGGUGGUAAAAUAUGAACAGGAUCCCCAGAAGCAGGAACAUUGUGCAUGAUAUUUUCUCCCAAGGGUGCUCCAGUCGUCCAUUCCCUAGACCACCAGUUCAAAAAAGCUUCACAAUCCAGCAAAUAGCUGGAAUCAAUUCGGCAAGACCGGUCCCACGUCCUUUAACCCCUCAGUUAAGAACCCAUCGACCAUCCAGAAGCGCAAACAUGAGCAGUCGUGUGCCUAUCGAACCGCAACGAGUCGACGCACCGUUGACACAAUCCGCAACCUUCCUUGUCGUGUCAGUCAAAGACAGUUCCGAGGCCAUUCAAACGGUCCGUUCGACUCUCGCCAGCGUCGAUGACCUCUCCAAAAACGUUUCUAUUCGCGACCUCGCCGCCCAAUUCGCAUGUACCGUCGGAAUCGGCAGCAAUGUCUGGGAUCGUCUUACCGGUCUCCCUCGCCCGGUCGAGCUGCAUCCAUUCCGUGAGAUAAAGGGCGAAAAGCAUACAGCAGUGUCUACUCCCGGUGACCUGCUUUUCCACAUCCGCUCAGAUCGUCGUGAUUUGUGCUUUGAAUUCGAACGCCAAUUGAUGGACCUCCUCGGCGACUCCGUUACAGUCGUCGAUCAGACGGUCGGGUUCCGGUACUUUGAUGUGCGCGACUUGCUUGGGUUUGUGGACGGCACGGCCAACCCAGUCGGCCCAUCAGUUUCCGAUACAAUCCUCGUCGCAGAAGAAGACAACUCCGCCACCGGAGGCAGCUACAUCGUAGUGCAAAAAUACGCACACGACCUCCAAGGCUGGAAAUCACUCUCCUCCGAGAAGCAGGAAGCAAUUAUCGGCCGCACCAAGUGGGAAAAUAUCGAGUUGGAUGAUGCGGACGAAGGUAAACAACAAUCACACAAAUCGCUGGCGACGAUCGAGGAGAAUGGAGAGGAGCAUGAAAUUCUCCGCGACAAUAUGCCUUUCGGAAACCCUAGCUCAGGCGAGUUUGGAACAUAUUUUAUUGGAUACACUCGGCGGUUAUGGGUUAUUGAGAAGAUGUUGGAACGCAUGUUCAUUGGAAACCCCCCUGGAUUACAUGAUCGCUUGCUUGAUUUCUCGAGGCCGCUCACUGGAGUGACCUUUUAUGCACCGCCGGCUAGUGUUCUGGCUGGGUUGGAGGAUGAUUAAUCUCUUGUAGAGUUGGUUGCAAGGCUCCAUAGGUUUGUGGUUCUGAUCUCGAGGAACUAGAUGACUUCUCCGGUGUGUAGCGGUCUGAAACGCUUUUGUUCGCCCUUGUGAAAUGGCAGCGAAGACUUGCAUUGCAAUAAACGUCGGCGAAAGUGAAUAAAAAGAUAGCUUUAGAAAAGAAGGCCCUUCCGGAGGUACUGUCUGCACGCUACUAGCCGGUGGCUUCACAAUAACGCUUAAGGUCUUCACGUCCGUACCCUAUCGAGACCCAAUUUAUGAGUUUUGUGUGCAUCUACUACAUACUCGUUAUACCAAUCUCACCUCCAAAUAGUUUAAUGUUUA